AUGCCGUCGGAUAGGCAUACCGCUGAUCCAUGGGUGCUCUCUAGACGCAAGAAGUCCAAAUGCUCGGGUGAACAGCCUACCUGUGCGUCGUGCGCUCGCCUAGCUCGGACAUGCUUUUACGCCAACGAGGAAGACGGUCCCUCCCUCCCAGCAAGCCGAUUCACCAAUGUGUCGGAUUCUGGGGUUGGCUCGCCGGGCCGUUCUGGAAAGGGCAGAGAGUCGAGAGAGCCAUCUAGUCAAGCUGCCGACCUGAGCCUCCAAGCUCGAGUAGCGAGUCUGGAAUCUGCUCUGAGGGAGAUUGUCCAGUCCCCCGAGAACCAUCAACACAGCCGUGGCCGUUCGACUCUUGAGGACCCCUUGCGUGCUUUCCGCCGCGGACAAGGCUACUCCAGCCACUUCAACGCGCGGCCAUCCACGACUUCUUCUAGUGUGCGGCAGCCAAAGAGCUCUUCGGAAUUGCCUAUCUUGCCUGGCCAAACUUGGGGCCUCGUUGCAGAGCUCUAUCUCACGUUUUGUUGGUGUCAACCUCUCCCGCUAUUCGAGCCGUCCGGCUUCAUCGCUUCCUUCUCAAGCCGACAACCAGAAGUUAUUUAUGCCGUCUCAGCAUUGGCCAUUAAGCACGUAAGCCCAUCCCAGGCAGAGGACGACGACCAUGGCACAAAGUCUGCCGGGUAUGCACAAGUUGCGUAUCAGCUAGUCAUGCGGCGGAUUGCCGAGGGUGAAGUGGAACUGCCCACGAUACAGGCGAUCUGCCUGCUCGCCCUAUUUGAUAUCGACGCCGGGAACAUGAGUAGGUGCCGCAUGCUGUGUGCCUUGGCCUCGUCUUUAUGCCAUGCAGCGGGCCUCCACAGCGCCGUGGCAAGUUCAGGAUCCCUGGAUGCUGGCAAGGAGCGCCACAUGUGUUUCUGGAGCGUCGUGUUGUUGUGCCGCCUGGUCGGGGAACAGGAGCAGCUCACUGCUCUGCCCGACCGUGCCCUACCUCCAUUCCCAGAUAACCGCUACUCGCCGCCCACCCGGAUGAGGGAGAUUGAAGAUGCACCAUCUUCGCUGGAGCCAAGUAAUAUCAUGCAAGUUCUCCUGACCUUGAGCGAGCCGUGGGCGAUAGCCAUGAGGUACAUCAGAAACGUCAGAAACUCAUCGGGGCCCAGGAAGUUCCCAUGGGAAGAAGGUUCAGAAUACUCGAGAGCCACAGAGAGCCUGAUGAGCAUUGGCCGAAAACUGCCGUUAAGCCACAGGCAGCGCAAUAUCAAGCUAUCCGAAGUCAAGGCUGAAGACCUCGAAGAAUGCAGGUACUACUGGGCCCCGUGGCUCUGCACACGUUUAAUGUAUCACACCAUUAUGUGCAUCCUCAAUCACCCGCUGCUCAUCACGUUGCAGAUACAAGGUGUCCAAAACGUCUCGGAAGCAUUUCUUCACCAUGCAGCCUUCUCUAUAUCUAAUCACGUAUCGUGGGUUAUCCAUUAUCUCGACUUCAUCGAUGCCAGGGCGUUCCAGCUCUCUGACCCAUUGGCGGCUUACUGUGUCGCCGUCGUGGCGAGCAUAGAGGUGCAAAGGGGCUUUGCUCUGGAAGGAGCCCUUGCCAUAAAAACGAAACUUAACUUCAAAAAAUGUUCAGAAUUCAUCUCGAAAAUGAACAAAUUCUCACCCUUCGCCGAGAGAAGUGAGCGUAGCCUGGCGCGGCUCGUACAAGAAAGCAGUUCUCGGUCUUCCGAGUAUGUAGACAGGUUCGUCUUCGAUAGUCCCAGCCCGUUGGAUAUCUUGGAGGUACUAUGGAGCAAGCCCGAAGCGGCUAGAGAAAGACCAGAGUCUUCUAUUCUCGGGCCCAACCUGGUUCGCGAGCUCAAUGCACAUCGUAACCACUCGGCCGAGGCAGGCCCAAAGCAUCUGCCAAGGAUUGAUCCUACAUCGGUCGAGAGGACACCGCUGGACAGGGCCUCGUCGGUUCGUUCUGAGAAUGCUGCUCUUGCUGAGAAUAUCUUGGACAUUAAUACAACCUCGGGCAAUACAGGCCUCAGUGGACUCGGCCAGCCAAAUAUGCUCCUCCCUAUAGAUCACCUAUUUCACAAUGCCUUUCAAGGCGCCAGUAUCUGGCCGGAGGGGCUGAGUAAUUUGGUUUCUGAAUUUUAG